AUGGAUAGUGCCACAAACAGAUGCUCCUGCGUCGUGCAUGGCGGCCGAAAUCCUAUUCCACUGAAGUUCAGUGUCAUUAGGACAAGACAGCGGAAGUUCGCUAUGCAGUGCGUCUUAAUCGGCUUGCCUGACCGAGGGCUGAGACAAUUUCUCAGUUGCAAAUUGGAGGAGACGCUUGGUGCACCUUCCGCUAAAGUUCAUGGAGAAACAACAGCGCACCAAGGCAUGACCAGAGUCGACACAGGUACUCCAGUACGACCGGCAAUCCAGAAUGGAACCACGCCACCUGUAACUUUUGGCUAUGUGGUCAAUUUGGGUCCAUCGCUGGCCAGCUACAG